CCUUAUCGACCUUGGAAAAAUGGCCCCUAUCAUGUUACUAUGGGCUUGAAACAGACUGAUGUCGAAAAUUGGAUCGAACUGGACGAGACAUAUCUCGAAAAGUACCACUUGAAAAAACGACUCUAUCAGGAAAACCGGGAUGAAGUGCUUGCUUACUUGCCCGGAUGCGACGGCGGGCUGUUCGAGGCUUUGGAGCUGGUCAAGGACACGCUGGUUCGACGAUAUCCCACCAUGUUCCGGCUGCAGAGCCCUCAUAUCGUGGAGAACCUCGUGACAGGUGACAUCUGGGACCUAAGGCCAGAGGCCUCGACAUGGAAAACUCAUCAUCCUCUUGAGGUAAUGGGCCUUCUUGCUACAGAAGACUUCUUCUUGCUCUCCAACAAUCCCAAGACAGGCCAGACGACAUUGAGAGCAGGAGGUGUAUGCUUUCCAGCUGGUUUCAAAAUUGAGGAACGAAUGGGGCUCAGCCUCUGGGAGAUUCACGCAGGCAAAGUCCCCCAGUAUGAGAGCAAGUUGGCCAAGUCUAUGGAUCGCUUCUUCGAGCGACUCAAGGUCGAAUCAGCCGUGUCUCGCUUCAACUAUGCGAUUGACGACUCUUCAGAACUGUUCCACCGUCAUCCGCACCACAAUCUGACCCUGGAGCAAUUGGAGAACCCUCCCAAGUUGGAGGACCUUCACCUCCGUGUCGAACGGCAGACCCUCCAGCGCCUUCCAAAGACCAGGGCUCUGCUGUUUACAAUUCGCACCUACGUAACUCCGAUUUUCGAGGUCACCAAUGAUAAGGAGGUUGCUGCGGCACUCAGGACGAGCGUCGGGAGCUUCUCCGAGGACGUGUCGAAAUACAAGAAC